ACAACAUUUGAAGCUUGUGGAGAUCGGAAGAGCGAGCAAACCACCUCUCCGGUCUCCUCUGUCCUAUUCGCUCCUUCACUCUGCUCUUCUGUGCAGUCUACUCUGGAAUGGCUGUGGAUGCUGCGAAGUUGGCGUUCCAUCCGACCUUUUCUCCUGCAUUGGCGCCAUGUGCUCCGAGGAACCGCCUCCGAUCAGCGAAACCCUUCAAAUCUUCUCUCAGAAAGCUAUUGUGUCCUCCUCUUUCGUCAUCGCUGGUUGAAGAGCAACAAGUCUCUUUCACUGAACCAGAAAGUGCCCUCGUUGAUGCCCUUAUAGGGGUACAAGGUAGAGGUCGCUCUGCUUCCCCGGAGCAACUCAAGGAGGUGGAACGCGCUGUGCAAAUUCUAGAAGGUUUGGAAGGCAUACCUGAUCCUACAAGCUCCAGUUUGAUUGAAGGUCGCUGGCAACUAAUGUUCACAACAAGACCAGGAACAGCAUCUCCAAUACAGAGAACAUUUGUAGGGGUUGACUUUUUCAGUGUCUUUCAAGAAGUAUAUCUCAGGACAAAUGAUCCAAGGGUCUCCAAUAUUGUAAAAUUUUCUGAUGCAGUAGGAGAGCUAAAAGUAGAGGCAGUAGCUUCAAUUAAAGACGGAAAGCGCAUCCUCUUCCGAUUUGAUAGAGCAGCCUUCUCUUUUAAGUUUUUACCAUUUAAGGUUCCGUAUCCAGUUCCCUUUAGGCUUCUUGGAGAGGAAGCAAAGGGUUGGUUAGACACCACAUACUUGUCCCAGUCUGGAAACAUUCGUAUAUCUAGAGGAAAUAAGGGAACCACCUUUGUUCUGCAAAAGAAAACUGAACCAAGGCAAAGACUACUCUCGGCCAUUUCCACUGGAGAAGGAGUAGAAGAGGCUAUUGAUGAUCUUAUAUCCGUGAACAAGAGUGUCUCUAAAGGAGAUAUGGAACUCCUAGACGGAGAAUGGAAAUUAAUAUGGAGUUCACAGACGGAGACUGACAGUUGGUUAGAGAAUGCAGCUAAUGGUCUCAUGGGCAAUCAGAUUGUCAGGGAAAAUGGACAGAUGAAGUUCUUGGUAGACAUCUUACUUGGAUUCAAGUUCUCAAUGACUGGGAACAUUAUAAAAUCUGAUACCAACAAAUAUGAUGUUACAAUGGAUGAUGCAGCCAUCCUAGCUGGCCCAUUUGGACUUCCUAUGGAGAUGACAAGCAAGUUCAAUUUGGAGUUGCUAUACACGGAUGACAAGAUCAGAAUAACCCGGGGUUAUAACAAGAUAGUAUUUGUCCACUUGCGCAUAGGCAGAUCCAAGCAGAAAUGAAUGCUUUGCAAACCGAACAAACCAGCAAUGACUAGAAAUCAAGGAAAAAGAACUUGUUGGAAGGAAAACUUUCUGGAAUCAUUAUGUAUUUUUUUUUUAAAUUAAGAAAGGCAUCUCAAUUUAGUAAACAAUCUUCCUGGCCUGAGCUUUUCCCAGAGAAAAAGAAUGUGUUUUAUGUCUCCAAAAGAGAAAAUGGAAGGGAAAUCAGAUAAAACAACACUUGUUUUGUAAGUGAAGUUUUUUUUUUUUUUUU